AUGAAGUUGGCUUCCUCGACCUCGCUCAACAUGGCUGGGAUGGCUGGAGCGGCUCAGCGAAGAGCGCUGCGAGCUUUCUUGAGCCAGUCUGGCGCGCCACGAAGCUACUCGACCGCUCCCACGCCCCCUGCUCCUCCCCCUCCUCCUGCUACUUCCACGAGCGAACCUACUUCCGCCCAACCAGCUCGCAAGAAGCGAGUCGUCUUCUCGGGUAUCCAGCCCACGGGCGUCCCACACAUCGGGAACCACCUCGGGGCCCUCGCGCAGUGGCAGAGGCUGGUCAGGGAGGUCGCAGCGCAGCCUGAGAAGUCGCGUGAUGAGCUGUACUUUUCGGUCGUGGGCAUGCACGCCCUGACGGUCCCGCAGGACCCCAUCCGGCUACGACAAGAACGACGAGACAUGUUUGCUGUCUUGCUCGCCCUCGGUCUUACGGAUCCAAAGGCGGGAGCGGCGGUCUUUCACCAGGACCAGGUGCUCGAACACGGCGAGUUGGCGUGGUACCUCAACACGGUUACGCCUGUGAACCGACUGAUGCGGAUGACGACCUGGAAGUCGAAACUCGUUACGCUGCGCAACGCAAAGUCGGAAGACGAGAUCGACGACUCGAUGCUCCAACUCGGUUUGCUCGCGUACCCAGUCCUACAAGCCGCCGACAUCCUGCUCUACAGGACCACGCACGUUCCCGUCGGACACGACCAGUCUCAGCACCUUGAGCUGUGUCGCGACAUCGCGCAGGUGUUCAACCGUGCCUACCCGGGUCGACGAAGAGACGGCAAGGGGAAGGGCAAGGGACCGUUCCGGAUGCCCGAGGUCAUGCUCACCACGCACCCUCGCAUCCAGUCUCUGCGGAACCCGCUGCAGAAGAUGUCCAAGUCUGCACCGUCCGAAGCCUCGAAGAUCUACCUCACCGACUCUCCCGAGACGAUCCACUCGAAGAUCAAGACUGCCGUGACCGACUCGAUCCAGGGCGUGACGUGGGACCCGGAGAACCGGCCAGGAAUCGCGACGCUCCUCCAGAUCUACGAGGGGUACUCGGGCGAGCCCGUCGAGGAGAUUGCGAAGCGGUACACGGGCCAGCGGGGGAUCAUGGAGAUGAAGGCAGACUUAGGGGAGUGUGUGAGUGAGGGGCUGCGCGGGUUCAGGGAGGAGUUUGCGAGGAUCAGGACGGAGGAGGCGUUUCUGAGGGAGAAGGAGCGCGAGGGGGCGGACAAGGCGCGGGCGACGGCGGCGCGGACGAUGGAGGAUGUCCGCGCGGCGAUUGGGCUCGACUAG